GACAUUACAAAACGGUGAGUGUAAUUCUCUCACUCACUGUAACCACUUUUGCUAUUUAGGGCGCUGCUCCGGCGAGGAGGCCAGCCAAAGAACCAAAAAAGGGCAACAUUGAGAAGAUCAAGAAGACACGAUUCGGUUGCUAUAUCUGUAGAAACUUUCUAAUUAUAGCCAUUAAAGAAUGGGGAAGACUCCAAGUCCUGGUAAAUGGAUCAAGUCUCUUCUUGGGAAGAAGUCAUCAAAAUCUAGUUUGGAGAAAGGAAGCGAGAAGCUGAUAUCUGCAAAGAAAGAAGAGCAUGCAGCGAAAGUGGUGAAGGAUAAUAACAAUCGUGUCUCAAACUUACUUACGAAUCCCACUCCGGUAGCUUCAUCACAAGAAGUUGCAGCUACACAAACUCUACUAGUCCCCGAGCAGCAGCCAAGUAGAGACAUUGAAGGUGACGAGCCAAAUGCGAAUCUUGAGUCAGGGAAUGACACUGAAGAACUCAAGCUUGAAGAAGCUGCUAAAAAGGUUCAAGCUGCUGUCAGAUCUCACCAGGCUCGUGAAGAAUUUCAAAAGCUUAAAGGUGUCAUAAAGCUGCAAGCAGUCAUCCGUGGUCACUUGGUUAGAAGACAAGCUGUUGCUACAUACUCUUGCAUUUGGGGGAUUGUGAAGUUCCAAGCUCUUUUUCGUGGGAAGAAUGCUAGAUCUUCAGAAACUAGGGUUCAACUUCAGAAAACAAAUACGGAAACUGAGAGUUCUGAGACUUUACAAGGAACCAACACAUGCAGUUGGCUUGAGAAUCCCACAAAGCUCUCCAUGAUUGAUAAGAUUCUAGUUUCCUCACCAACGGCGUUGCCUCUGAAGAUUCAGUAUAGUCCUGAGGAUCCUAACUCAGCCAAGGUGUGGCUUGAGCGCUGGACACAGUUACAGGUCUGGGCUCCUGGUCCACUCGUGGUUAAGAGUCUGGUUCCCAAAUCUCAGACAAAGAAGCGAAGCUUUCAAGCAGUUGAAGCGGACAAGGGAAAACUCAAGAGAGGAAUCAAGAAACCACCCGGUGGUUUCAAUACUGGAACUAGCUCAAGUAGCCGUUCUACAGCUGAAAACGAAAACCCAAAGCGAACUGUGAGGAAGCCUUCCACGCUUGGUAAGGAGCUGAAUGACAACAAGUCGAAGCAGAGUUCGAGAAAAAGCACUAGCGCCAUAAAAGAAGGGUCUUCACUGGAGGUUAAAGAUGAGAAGCCGAGAACUAGUCUCAAAAAGGCUUCACUUUCUAAUGGGGUGGAGAAACCUACACGCAAAUCCGCUGAGAAGAAGAAGAAAGAGAUUGUAGAUUCAGUGCAGAAAGAAUUGCCUGGUGACAUGGCUUCAGCUUCUGUAGUCGACACUCCUGAGGAAGAAGAAGAAAAGGUGAAAGAUAGCCCUGAAACAGUUUCCAAAGAGACUGAUCUCGAGAAAGAUGAACUCAAAACCGGAGAGAGAGAUGACAAAGCUGAAGAAGAGAUCCAAGAGCCAGACGUUCUGAUUAUUACCUCUGAGAAUGGAAAUGUUGUGUCUGAAGACACAAAGCCAAGCGAUAGAAGAGCUUCGCUGCCUGCAAAGAUUGAAAGUCAACAGCAAGACGAUGGGCUUACUACACAGAGCGGGAGAAAGAUCCCAAGCUACAUGGCUCCAACUGCAUCUGCAAAGGCAAGAGUGAGAGGAGGACAAGGGUCUCCGAGGAUUGGUGGUCAAGAGAAGCCAGAGAAAAACGGGACAACUAGGCGCCACUCUCUGCCUCAUAUAGCCAAUAAUGAUAAGCUGAGUGCAAUGUCUCCAAGAGUUCACAGACUUCUCAUAGCUUCAGCGAAAGGAUCAAUUAACAGUGACAGAUCUUUUUCUUCUUCCAAGGACAUUGGUGGUGAUGAAUCGACGAAAGUUGAAUGGAAACGGUGAAUUCGUUUUGAGGCAAUGGAGAGAGCAAUCCAGAGAGUCAUCCUCUGAUCAUCUUACACUGUUGGACAAAGCUCUGAAACCUUUUUAAUCAUUUUAACUGUUUUGUUUCUGUAUGUUUUCAGUGUGUUUUACUUUGCUUUGGUGUGCCCGAGUCUUUGACAUGUUCUCUUAAGUUUUACAGUCAGGAUGCUUUGUUUUCACUUUUCACAAACAAAUAGGGUUUUUAGUAAAUAGUAGUUCUUAUAAUGCUU